CAGUCUUCUCCAAUUCCCUCCAACUCCAUCUCAAGCAAAAGAAAAAAAAAAAGCUUUCCAAGCUAACUUUGCUCUUCUCACUCUUACACAUACUCCUUUUUUUUUAUUCUUUAUCCUCUCACUCUCACAACCACACUUGAUACCUUUAAUUAUAAAAAUAAAAAUGAAAAUCCAAACUACUCUCCUUUUCUCCAUCGCUGCUUCCAUCGCCGCUGUUCAGGCUCUUCCUAUUAAGCCUGAAGCUCAAUAUGCAGGUGGCCAACGUUAUCGCCCCGUGAUGAACAUUGAGCAGGAGGCUGCUGAGCCUGAAGCUCUGUACGCUGGCGGCAGUCGCUAUCGCCCAGUCAUGAAUAUUGAGCAGGAGGCUCAGUACGCUGGUGGCCAACGCUACCGCCCAGUCAUGAACAUUGAACAAGAGGCUACAGAACAAGAAGCCCAGUACGCAGGUGGUCAGCGUUACCGCCCCGUGAUGAACAUUGAACAGGAGGCUGCUGAGCCUGAAGCUCAGUACGCUGGUGGCCAACGCUACCGCCCAGUCAUGAACAUUGAACAAGAAGCUACAGAACAAGAAGCUACAGAACAAGAAGCCCAGUAUGCUGGUGGCCAACGCUACCGCCCAGUCAUGAACAUUGAACAAGAAGCUACAGAACAAGAAGCCCAGUACGCAGGUGGUCAGCGUUACCGCCCCGUGAUGAACAUUGAACAGGAGACUACUGAGCCUGAAGCCCAGUACGCUGGUGGUCAACGUUACCGUCCCGUCAUGAACAUUGCGCAAGAAGCCACAGAACAAGAGGCUCAGUUCGCUGGCACAAGUCCCCCUCGCCCUGUCACAGCAGCAUAAAUGAGAGUAUCAACAGCAACAACAACAGCAACAACAGCAUCAGCAACAUUAAUUACGGCGACACCUAUUACUCUUAUUUAUUGCAAAAAAACUUCUUAAUAGAGGAUGAAUGGGGUCCUAUGAGAAGCUGGACCUUCUCGAAUUCCCACUAUACCACAUCUGCCAUAAACAUAGUCCUACUUUUUCCAACAUUAAUAAUAUAGUCUUUUCAU